AUGGAGAAGAGCCCGGGUCUGCCACCGGUAGAGGAUGAAGAGAUGGGCGUUAUGGGCCUUACCGAAGUCGACCCUUCGCCCGUCGACACACCAGAAGAGUUGAAGGUAAAUCAAUAUUUCCCGGUUCCGGAUGAGGAACGGCCUGAGAAGGAGACGGAAGAGAUGAGAGGCAUAAGGAGGAUGAACACUUUGGGAUUGCGGUUAGGUGACCAUGGACCUGCUUGGUGGCUCCUCCGCGUACAAAAGUACUCCUCCUACACCUUCACAGCCUUCGCCGCCCUCCACAUAACAAACGUCUCCAUAAUACCGCUCGCCACCCGCUCCGUCCUCGAAUCAAACCGUUACCUCCUGCUCACACGACCAUACUACCAAUCCGCGCUCACGGAACCCCUCCUCGUUGGCCUCCCCCUCGUCGCACACGUUACCUCUGGAAUCGCACUACGACUAUGGAGAAGGCGACAAGCGUUGAAAAGAUACGGUGCAGAGACACGAACGGAUAAGCGCACGAUUCCAUGGCCAGCACUGAGUGGAACGAUUUCCUUUACCGGUUUCACAGCACUGGUAGGAGUCGGGGUGUGGCAUUUCGUCUGGGGCGCAGCAAAAUGGUUGGGUUUCGCACCAAGUCAGGUCAAGCACACGGAAGAUAACAGAGCUUUGAUCCGGAAGAGGAGGUGGUACACUAUCAAUGGCAUUAGUGCGGCUUUGACUGCUCUAUGGCUAGCGGGCGGCUUGGGUGUUGUUGGACGAGACGGCAAGAUGGUAGGCUGGGUAGGCAAAGAGUAUGACGAGCUGUACAAGUACCUUCCAAUCGUUGGGCGAUGGGUAGGACAGUAA